GGAAGCUGUACGUAUAUAAAAGGGGAACGCGUACAGCACCUCUGAGAGUUUGACUUGACGGAGUCUGUGGACAAUCUUGUCUUCUGUGUUGACAAACGGAGACGUGCUUCUUGCCUUCGGCUGCAGCGGGAUUCUAACAUGGCAAAGAUGGUGAUUCUGCUAGGCCUCGUCGUUGCAGCCGUGACCAUUGUGCACGCGCAACAGGACCAAGGUGGGGCGUACCAGUUUCGAUACGACGUAAAGGACCCGGUGGAAGGAGGCAGUCACUUCCACGAGGAGUCGAGCGACGCGGGGGGCGCCCGACGUGGCUCGUACGGCAUCACCAACAAGGACGGACAAUUCGUCAACGUUGAGUACACCGCCGACGACAACGGCUACAAGCCGGUCAUCACCAGCAACGUGCCCGGAGUGUCGCGGCAGGGUUGAGCACGCAUGCAGUAGAUACGACAGGACGCAUCGCAGCACGGGGACUUUCGGCAGUGGCAUCAGUGCUUUCAUUUCUGUGCCUUCAUUUCUCACUCUUUGGAACAGCAGCAGUUGUUUCUGGCCGGCGCAGAACAGCGUUGUGAAAAGCAUGUUUGGUAUAUAAAGGGAAUCGCUUACAAGA